UUGCGAAUGAUGACAAGACUAUGAGUCAAUAAAAAGUCUGUAAAGGCAUCCAUGAUAAUUAUUGAGCAUUUCAGUUGUCCCACAAACCGUUUAUUGUAAAUCUGAAUGAACUCGGUGUUUCUUGAAUAUCAAAUCAUCAUGGCUGAUGCGAUAAUCUCAUCAGUAGCAGAGCAGCUGAUACAGAUUGCUAAAGAGCAUAUUAAGAGCGAAAUAAAAUUGGUGAGAGGCGUGGAGAAGGAGCUUCGGAAUCUCUCGGACAGUCUGAAGGGGCUGAGAAAUGAGUUAGAUGACGCUGAGAGGAGAAGAUAUGAGGACAAAGCAAUCGGUAACUGGGUAUUGAGGCUGGAAGAAACGUCUUACGAAAUGGAGGACGUUUUGGAGGAGUGGUGCUACGCUCUUGUUCAACAUACCAUGGAAGUUGCCGCUACUCCUAAGCACAAGGUAUUCCCCUCCCUCCUACCUUGUUGUUUAUGCUUCAGGAAUGUUGUUUUUCGUCGUGAUAUUGCCAUGAAAGUCGAGUAUCUGAAAGAUAAACUCAAUGAGACUCUUAAGGAGAAAAGCCAAUUUCAUUUUACCAUUUCUCAACUUGCCGCUAAUUGGAGGGUUCAAUCUACUUCUCGAUUCGACUCAUCUGAACUCCAAGGUCGAAAGUAUGAUACGGCUAUUGUAGUGAACAAAGUUGUUUUGGGCGAGGAAUUAGGGUUUAGAAUUGUAUCGAUAGUGGGGGCGGGUGGUCUUGGGAAGACGACUCUUGCUCAACUUGUUUAUAAUGAUAAUCGAGUAAAAGGUCGCUUUGAUUUGAGAAUCUGGGUGUGUGUCUCAGAUCCCUUCGAUGUGGCUAAAAUAGCCCAAGGGAUUAUAGAGAGUAUGGGAAAGGGAAGAAUUAGCAUUUCCAAUCAAUUGGAAGCCACACUUGAAAGAUUGGUAGAAUUGAUUGCAGGUAAAAGAAUUCUGUUGGUCCUGGAUGAUGUUUGGACAGAAGAAUAUGACAAGUGGGAGCCCUUGAAGAAUGCUCUUAAAUGUGGUGGAGCAAGCACCACAGUUUUGGUGACAACAAGAAAUGAAAAUGUUGCCAAAAUCAUGGGCACAAUGGAUCGUGACAUCUAUCGUCUAGGGCUCCUUUCAGAAGACGAAUGUAGGCUGUUAUUAGAGCACACAGCGCUCUCCGGAAGGAGCAUGGAAGGGUUUGAGGAUGUGAGUGAGAAAAUAGCUCGUAAAUGCAAUGGUUUGCCCCUUGCUGCAAAGACUCUGGGAAGCCUCCUGCGUUUCAAGGACACGUUGGCCGAGUGGGAGAAUGUAUUGACGAGUCAAGUGUGGGAAUUCAAAGAAGUGAAAGAGAAGCUUUUCCCACAUCUUCUUUUGAGUUACAAUGAACUAUCCCCAAUGCACAAGCGUUGCUUUUCUUAUUGCUCUUUCUUCCCUAAAGAUGAGAAGAUUCGUGUGGAAGAAGUGAUAAGAAUAUGGAUGGCACUAGGUUAUUUGAGCUCCAGUGCAGAGGGUGGCGGGGAUAAUUUAGAACUCAUAGGGCAAGAGUGCUUCAAAAAUUUAGCUAGGCGAUUCCUAGUUCAAGAGUUUGAGGAAGAUGGGCAGAUAGAGUCCUUUAAGAUACACGACAUAGUGCAUGAAUUUGCUCAGUUUCUUAGGGAUGCUAGCAGCAGAAUGGAGGCCUCUGAAAUAAAGACAACAACUUGCAAAGUUUGUAUCCCAUUUAUAGCUCAGGCCAAAGCUUAUCGGAGCUUGAUUUUUGACAAAAGGUCUAUCCCGAGUCUUUGUAACUGCCUCACAAACCUUAGAGUGUUAGGACUUUGGAAUGAUUUUCCAAGCGGAAUAGAGAAUUUAAUUCACUUGAAGUGGUUGUCUAUAGAUCAUUGUGUUUUAUACAAUGAAGAUCUGGAGAACAUUUGUAAGCUUUAUUACUUGCAAACUCUUUUCCUAAGGUCUUGCAGCCUGAAAACAAUUCCAAGACAAAUCGGGAAUCUGAUUAAGUUGAGACACUUGGACUUGAGCAAUAACCGAGAGCUGCUGGAGUUGCCAGAGAGCAUAUGCGCCUUGCCUGAACUGAGAACCUUGAAUGUUGAGGGCUGCAUUGAUCUCUCCCAACUUCCUCAAGGGGUGGAUAAGCUCAUCAACCUCAAGCACCUCCACAAUAUGUAUUCUGUGAUGCAGUUACCUCAGAGUCUAGCAAGGUUAACCGGUCUUCGUGGAUUGAGUGAAUUCAAUUGGGGAAGUGGUGGGAACAGGAUGAGAUUGCUGAACAAGUUAAACCUCCUUAGUGGAUCUCUACAGCUCAAAAUAAAUUUGGGCACAGCUGAAAUGGUGGAGGAUGCCCGAGAAGCAGAGCUGAAGCAGAAGAAGCACGUUCAAGCACUCCGUAUGGAGUUCUUGACUGAGACUGCGAUAUCAUCAUCUACCAUCCAGAUGGCUGAGGGUAUAAUGGACGCCCUUGAGCCACAUCCAAACCUCAGACACCUCUCAAUAUUUUUCUACGACGGCACCAAAUUCCCCGAUUGGAUUUCCUCUCCCUUCAACCAACUGAGGUCCAUUGCGCUCACUAGUUUCAGAAACACGCCGUGUUUGCCACCUCUUGGAAAGUUGCCCUGCCUGGAGGAGAUUGACGUCCGUGACAUGUACAGAUUGGUAACUCUGGGGCCACAGCUGUUGGGAACAGGGGAUACGGACACUUCAUCUCCUAACGCUGUUGCCUUCCCGAAAUUGAAGAAACUGAUAAUCAAGGGAUGUGAGAACUGGAGGGAGUGGGAAGACAUAACCCCUGCCCAAGAGGAACACUUGAUAAUGCCUUGUCUUACUGAGUUGGCUAUCAGAUUCUGCUCCGAGUUGGCUGCGCUACCACAUCGCCUUCUACAUAAGGCGUCGUCGUUGGAGUUGUUGGAUAUUGCUGGUUCAGAGAUGCUGAUACAGCGCUACGGGGACAUCAACGCUUCAGCCUGGAAAUCCAUAUCUCACCAUAAUCCACGCCUUCGCCUGAGAUAGUUCUUGUAUUCUCCCUCUGUUUUUUUUGUUUUUUUCUUCGAAUUCUAACUUGUUUUAGUAGAUUUGUUCAUCUCUCACGAGUUCAAAUUGGCAGAACAGAUUCUACUUUUGAUUUUUGGGGAUGUUAUACUUUAGAGAAUCCCCAUUUGAUUGCAUGGAGUAUUGUAUAUUUGUAUGAACUUUCUUCAUAGUAAGUCUAAUAUGUUUACAUAUAUAUAUUA